UCGACGUACUACCACUACCGUUGUAUUGACGACGCGAUGCAUUGCGAGCCAACCGAGCGAACGAGCGGAUCAGCAACGCCACAGAUGCCGUUAUCUGCGUAUAGCGUAGAAACAGUUAGAUCGUCGUUGCUAACUGCAUCUUUCUACAUAUCUUGAUUCCACCUCAAAUCGCUGUUAUUCGCGCAUCGUCCCGGAUUGACACAUCGAGCAAACACUACUGAUCGAUCGGCGUGACGAUUAACGCGAAAGGCAUCGAGACGCAUUUGUUCUGCUGACGUCCAAUUUGAGCGGAUAAAAAUUGGGAGGGGGUAAUUAGAAAACUGAAGCUAUAAAGGAGUGGUAUAAUUGUGCUGCGCUCACGCGACAGUGGUUAUUCCAUCACGGGGCAGAGAAAGAAUCAUCCACAUCGCUAGUAUCGUCGAGUGAUUGUACAACUACAACGAAGAUGAGUUAUCUCAAGUCAAUCGGCACCUUUGUCAUCUACGUCGGCGUAUUCUUGGCGUUAAUCACAUUCCUGCCGGGCUUACCGCCGCAUGUGGAAUUUGAUGAAUACAGUAUAGUGCUGCCACACGUUGUCGAUGCUAAGGUAGGCCCAAAAAUCCGGCUACGUGGCGCCCAACGGAUAUACGUUGGUGAAGUCGUAGGCCCGGAAUCUUUUGAUUCUUACAAUGGUGAACUGUACAGUGGAGUUUAUGGCGGUUAUAUCAUAAGAUUAGAAGAAAAUCGCGUCGUACCGAUUGUGAAAUUUGGCAAAAAAUGCGAUGGCAUUUGGCAGGAACACAUAUGUGGCAGGCCAUUGGGAUUUAAAUUUGAUAAGAAAGGCAACCUAUACGUAAUGGAUUGUUAUUAUGGACUUUUCAAAGUAGAUAUCUCAACCAAAGAAUAUAAAAACCUAGUAAACAUCACUAAAUCAAUUGACGGCAAAAAACCAAUGCUUCCUAACAGCAUAGAUGUUGCGGAAAAUGGAGAUCUUUACUGGACUGACAGCAAUACAGAUUUCCCUCUGUAUGAGGGAUUUCAUAUAUCUUUAGCCAAUCCAUCAGGAAGAUUAUUACGUUAUAAUGCAGCUAAUAAGAAAAACGAAGUGCUGUUACGUGACCUCGGAUUUGCGAAUGGUGUUAAAUUAAGCGAUGACGAAAGUUUCGUGAUUAUAGCAGAAACACUAAAAUCUCGUAUCAUGAAGUAUCACUUAAAAGGGCCAAAAUCUGGACAGUUUGAAAUCUUUGUGGAAGGUUUACCAGGUUUGCCAGAUAACAUUCAUAGCGACGGUCACGGUGGUUUCCUUAUCACAACCAUCAUUAGUUCUAGCCCUGAGCAUCCUAUAUUGUUGCACAGUCUCAUACCACAUCCGUUAAUUAGAAAGAUGUUAUCGCGUUUGCUUUUCUUAAUAGAAAUGCCAUUUGAGCUGAUAUAUCAUUACUAUCCUAAUACCAAUGUGGAAAAGAUCAUGCAUUGGAUCGGAUCGUUCCCUAUGAUUACAGAGAUGGUUAUAGACAGCAUGAAGAAGUCUAUGAUAAUUAGACUAGAUUCAUCUGGUAAUAUCUUAGAAGUCCUUUCCUCAGACGAAACAGACAUAGUUAAUGGUAUCAGUUCGGCUUAUAUACACAACAACUACUUAUGGCUUGGCAGUCCAUGGAACAAUCAUGUCCUGAGAAUCCCACUGAAGCAAGCAUUUCCCGAUCUCGCAGUUGACGGUGGAAAAGUAUCUUCCCGCGUCCAAAGUGAGAAGCAACUUCCGAAAGCUGUUGCUUCAAACGCCAAUACGGAAAGAGUAAAACGGGAUACAGGUUCUGCAGCAACAGCGAAACCGAUCGAAUCGAAAGCAACAUCGAAGAAGGUUGCCACACAGGCAACCCACAAGCCAUCCACUGCUCCAGUCACCCCUACUCCCACAACACCUAUAUCAACCGCUGCCCCUACGACAUCCAAACCGACUAUUGCACCGAAAACGGCUUCUAAAGCUGAAAAACCUGCAACAAGCGGCAAUGUUAAAUCACAGGAAAAUAAACCUCAAGUUUCAAAAUCUGCGAAUGCUGAAAUCAAGAAUAAUGCAAAAACUGAUACAAAGUUACAUUCACCAAAUGUCAAGCCUGAGACGAACGACAAGACACGAGAGAAUACCGCGAAAACUAAUACAAAGUCUGAAAAGAAUUUGAAAAUAGAACCAGAUGCUUCAGCUAAAACACAGAAAGUCAAUCCAAGAAAGUGAGGUCGAAAGAGAAAUAAAACUGUCCAAAAGAUUCUAACGACAAACGAAAAAAGAGAGCAUUCCGCAAUAAGAAACGAAAUAUUCUAAUGAGAAGUAAAUAGUGCUACACACACACACACACACACACACACACACAUAUAUAUAUAUAUAUAUAUAUACGCAGUGUAAUAUUAAUAUUUACUAAGUGAUACUCUACUAGUACCUCGGAAACAUUUCAUUUCCACGAAAAAUUGAUCAGAAAAUUGUCAAUUUCUUGCAGCAAAUGGAUUUGUUUUGUGUACAUUUGCUUGACAAUUGAAUUAUAUGCACAAACAACUAUGUACAUACAUUCCAAAGAGGAAACAAGACAACGCAACAAUAGAAAUAUAUUUAAUAUUAACACUA